AAACAAAGAAGAAAGUGGAAUUCAAAUGAGGACGGAGAAGAUGGAGGAAAUUAAUAAAGGACUGAUAGCAGUUACAGACCGAGAUAACGAUGACGACGACCCUGCCUCCAUCCCUCCUGCUCCCUCCAUCCCUCCUGCUCCCUCCAUCCCCCCCCACCCUCUCAUCUCCCUCUCCCUCCUUCCUGGCUCCUCUCUCCUCGUUCUCUCCAGUUCCGUCCCUCACCCCUCCCCUUCCCCCGUCAGUAGAGCUGUGUGCAGUGCUCACCGACACUAGACUGACUCUGGAUGUAUACCAGGGCGGGACUGCUGUGCUACAGCUACUAUGGGUGUCUGUCCCUGGGCAGCUGAGGGGCCUGCAGUACCUCCGACUGGGCUCGGAGGACAGGGGGGCGCUAGAGGGAGCCCUGGAGGUCCUACCGCACCUCACACAGCUACGCUCACUGGCUAUUAGAGGACACUGUUUCCAUGACGCCCAUGGUGACCCCCUCCCCGGCCUUCUCACCUCUCUUCCUCCCUCUCUCUCAUCCCUUUCUCUCCUCGUCCACCUGGACCUCUCCUUCAACCUCCUCUCCUCCUUCCCUCCCUGCCUCCUCACCCUCCCCCUCCUCUCCACCCUCCUCCUGGGUCACAACCACCUCACUGAUCUCCCUCCCUCCUUCGGUCCUCUCCCUGCCCUCCGCUACCUCUCUCUCCUGGGGAACUGUCUGGCCUCUCUCCCCCCCAGCCUGGGUCAGUUGAAGACACUCCACACCCUGGAUGUCUCCUAUAACCUCCUGGAGACAUUACCUGAGGAGAUCGGUGCGCUGGAGGAGCUGGUCAAACUGGAGCUGUCACACAACAGGCUAAAGAGGCUGCCUGAGACCAUGGGCUGUCUCCUGUCUCUCAGGGACCUGGUGAUCCACAGUAAUGACCUGCGUGUUCUCCCCGUCUGUCUCUGUCUGGACAAACUGGAUAAGUUAAAGGUAGACGUAAGGAACAACCCCCUGGGAAGACCCCCUACCCCUCCACCACUACCACCCACACCUGGCCAGGUGGAAACACGCAUUCCAGAGUUACACCUUGGACCGAAUCGACACAGGUUCUGUGUGUCGUCUGCUGGUUGUCAUGUGUUCCUCCCAGGGGGAGCGGAGCUACUGUUUCCCUCGGGUUGCCUAGCGACGACCACCACGCUGCAGUGGGCGGAGCGUAGGCCAGACAGGAAAUGGGUGUGGCUAGAGGAGCAUGACUUCCUGCUGAGUCGACCACUGGAACUCCUCCCACACGGGAUCUCCUUUUUAAAGCCAGUGGAGGUGUGUGUACCGUACCACCGGUCCAGGAAAGGGGAGGUGGUUGUGAGGAGGUUUGAUGGACAGCAGUGGAGUACACUAUCCACUGAGACCAGAAGGGGCAGUAUAGGACACAGCAGUCACCCCGGAGGCCGACCUGCCAGGCUGGCCUGCGUCUCCGUGAGACAGUUCUCCUGGUUUGUGGCAGUGGGUCGUCCAGUCAGGGACAGUUGCUCUGUGACACCAGAGGGGGCGCUGUUGGUGUCACGUUCAGACGCAGGCAUCAAACUGACCUUCCCCCCGGACUGCACUGUUCAGACCCGCACCAUCACUCUACAGGUGCUACAGGUGUCUGUCACUGAGGUCCAGACGUUGUUUGGAGACCCUCAGGCCAGAGUCAGUCCCCUCCUCUGUCUCUUUCAAGACCCCAGCAUCCAAUUCCUCCAGCCAAUCAAGGUGCAGGUCCCGCUGCCAACUGGACUCGCUGGUCAUACAGUAGACCUGUCCUGUCUCCACCUGCUUCAUGGAGACCCCAGCGCCCACACCUGGACAGACAUAACCUCACAGGUGUCCCUGUACGUCACACAGCUCUACGCCAUCUUCUACAUCACUCACUUCUCCUGGUACUGGCUGUGGUACACUACCCAGCGCUGUGUUAGCGGGGUGGUCCGUAGGGUUUACCAGAGACUGAAGCAGUUUCAGGUCCAGUUCCUGGUGCUACAGAGGAGAACAGACCCCAAACAGGUUCUGCUACAGUGCCUGCCUGCUGACAAGGUGGACAACAGAGUACAGUCUCUGUCAGAGCAGUACGAUGGCCCACAACCCUCAGACCUCUGUGACCUGUUGGAGGGAGAGCAGUUCUUCGCUGGCUUCGAGAGGGGCCUAGACGUCAGCGCAGAUAGACCAGACUGUGCGGAAGGGAGACUGUCGUUUGUGUUCUACUCUCGGUUGAAGAAUCUCAAAGAGGUGUACGUCUGUCCAACACAGAAGCAGGAGGGGUCAAUCAGGGGCCAGGUGUCUUUCUAUCGAGGGGAGGUUCCCAGUGACAUACCACAGGAAGUGGCCAGGAAAAGGAAAGGACACGACAGCCAAUGGCUGGCCACCUUACCACUCAGACUUCCUGGCCUAAACUCAGAGGGUGGUAGUAAUGGUAUGGACUGGGAGCAGCCUCAGUACCCUCCACUGAACCUGGGCGACCCAGAGAGCGGGUACCUGACUGAGGCUAACCUGCUGGCCAUCUCCCUGCAGAUCGGACAGGACUGGAGGUCCAUUGGCAUCAACCUGGGAAUCAGCUACCAGGAGCUGGACCGCAUGCAGUACAAAUACAGAGACAACCUAGGGGCCGUGGUGUUGGAGAUGCUGUUCCACUGGGCCCGGGGUCAGCAGCAGGAGGGUGUUGGGUUGCGUCCCGCUGGAGGUCCAGGCCAGCAGGGUAUUGGUGCAGUGCCCAGGUUGAUAGAUGCCAUGGUGGAGAGUGGCAGGAGGGACCUGGCUGAGGAGAUUAAAGACAUAGUGAGGCUAGGAACCCGGAAGUAUAAUGAGUCACUGAGGAGGGUGGGCCUAGAAGAGGAAGAGAAGAGGCCUUCAACAGACACAGAUCCCUCACCUUCACACUGAACCAACUGACAGAGGGAGUAUAGAGAGUCAAUGAGGAGAGUGAGAUUACAGGAAGAGACCACCUCAUCUUCACACUGAGGAGUGUGAGAUUACAGGAAGAGAACACCUCAUCUUCACACUGAGAUUGCAGGAAGAGACCACCUCAUCUUCACACGGAGGAGAGUGAGAUUAGAGGAAGAGGAGAUGACUGAACUCAUCCCUUCAUUCUGAAGCAGUAGACUGAACUCAUCCCUUCAUUCUGAAGCAGUAGACUGAACUCAUCCCUUCAUUCUGAAGCAGUAGACUGAACUCAUCCCUUCAUUCUGAAGCAGUAGACUGAACUCAUCCCUUCUUUCUGAAGCAGGAGACUGAACUCAUCCCUUCUUUCUGAAGCAGGAGACUGAACUCAUCCCUUCUUUCUGAAGCAGUAGACUGAACUCCGUAAAACACUGGGGUUUAAAGUAACUGUUUCUAUGAAAUGUGAUCUAUAAUUAAUUACAAUAUGAGUGAAAUAGUCUUCCUUCUAAAUAGUCUUCUUUAAAUGUGUUAAAAAGCAACUUUUCUGUGUUGUAAUGGUGUGGCCGUAUAUGGUAAUUGAAAAUAUUCACGCAAGCAGAAUGCUGAUUGGAUAUAGCAAGCUUUUUUCUUUAAACUUUCUGUUUUUAGAUACAAGUGUGAGGUACGGUUUUUAAAGUGUUUUGUCUCCAAUUUAUGCUCUGGCCACAAAUACAAGUAUAGGAUAAGUCAACAACAUUAUUUGGGUUUGAGCUAACAGAAUAUGAACUUUUAAAUGUGAGAUUUUCACUGGACAGUUACUUGAAGCCCUUGGAAAGCCUCAGGCCGGACCAGCCGGUUCUGCAGUGGAAAGCCUCAGGCCGGACCAGCCGGUUCUGCAGUGGAAAGCCUCAGGCCGGACCAGCCGGUUCUGCAGUGGAAAGCCUCAGGCCGGACCAGCCGGUUCUGCAGUGGAAAGCCUCAGGCCGGACCAGCCGGUUCUGCAGUGGAAAGCCUCAGGCCGGACCAGCCGGUUCUGCAGUGGAAAGCCUCAGGCCGGACCAGCCGGUUCUGCAGUGGAAAGCCUCAGGCCGGACCAGCCGGUUCUGCAGUGGAAAGCCUCAGGCCGGACCAGCCGGUUCUGCAGUGGAAAGCCUCAGGCCGGA